AUGUUAUUUUUUUCUUAUCUUCUUUUUUUUAUUUGUUCUUCGCUCUUCUUUUUCUUCUUUUAUAUACUUUCAUUUUUCUCUUUUUUCUUAUUUUCACAUUUUUCUCAUUUUUUUUUUUACUAUUUUUUCCUUCUUUUUUUCUUUUCUGGUCGUUUUCCUUUUCUUCUUUUUUUCUUAUAUUCCUUUUCUUCUUUUUUGCUAUAUUUUUUUCCUUUUUUUACGUUGCUUCUUUUUUCAUUUCAUUUUCUACGUUUCGCCUUUUCCUUCUCAUCUUUUCUUCUCUUCUUCUUCUUCCUCUUUUCUUCAUUUUCUUCUCCUUUUGUUCUUUUUACAUAUUUUUCUGCCUCUUUUCUCUUCUUAUCCUCUCCUCUUUUUACCAUUAUUUGUUGUUUUACUUUUACUUCUGAUCAUUUUUCUUCUUCAAAAUUCUGUCUCCUAUUUCCCCCACCCACUUAA